AUGGCCAAGUCGCGCAGAGAAGCUGAGACUGAGGUGAGGUCUUGGGGUUUCAAUCACGUCUUCACCUGGACAGACAGCCCCAAUGCACACUAUCCACCACACAAGCACAGUGGCAUGACAACCCACCUUGUACUCAACGGCUCGAUAACAUAUGCAUACCCUGACGAUGAAGAGCCGAAAAGGGAAACAAUAGGCCCUGGCGCAAGAUGGGAUGUCGACGCGAAGCGCAUACAUGAGGUUUGGGUGGGCCAGGAAGGAUGUACUUAUGUCAUUGGAGAAUAA